AUGGUAAUGGACGCAUCGAAGGAACCGAAGAUAAUUGUGAAGUCUCCAAUGUCAUUUGGGAGGAGAAAAUGGACCAAGAUGGAUAAGACAAAUGCUUGCAUUCUCCUCUUUUUGCAUGUGCUUUGUAUUUUUGCACCUUUUCAGUUCAAUUGGAGUGCAUUUUGGAUUGCUUUUGCAUUAUAUAUUAUUACAGGUCUCUUCGGUAUCACUAUUUCGUAUCACCGAAAUCUUUCACAUAGAAGUUUCAAGCUCCCUAAAUGGCUUGAAUACUUAUUUGCUUACUGUGGAGUUCAAUCACUUCAGGGCGAUCCAAUUUAUUGGGUGAGCACCCAUAGGUAUCAUCAUCAAUUUGUUGAUACUGAAAAAGACCCACACAGUCCUAUUCAAGGGUUUUGGUUUAGUUAUAUUUUUUGGAUUUUUGAUUCCAAUACUUUAACAAAUAAAAUGAGUAAUUUUCAAGAGAGACCAGAUAGAAGUACAUCCGUGAUGAUUAUGAAGCACAAUAGACUCGAUAAUGUUGGUGACUUGAAGAARCAAACGUUCUAUACAUUUAUCCACAAUACAUAUAUUCUACAUCCAAUUGCUCUUGCAGUCAUACUCUAUGCUGGUGGAGGAAUUCCUUUUCUGAUAUGGGGAAUGUGUGUGAGAAGUGUAAUGCUUUUACAUGCAACAUAUUUGGUGAAUUCAAUAUGUCAUUUAUGGGGAAAACAACCAUGGAAAACAGGCGAUUUGUCUAGAAAUAAUUGGUUGAUAAAUUUGAUUGCAUUUGGAGAAGGUUGGCACAAUAACCACCAUGCUUUUGAAUAUUCCGCUAGGAUGGGCUUUGAAUGGUGGCAGUUUGACCCGGGUUGGUAUGUUGUUAUAUUUCUUCAAGCCAUUGGAUUGGCCACUCAAGUAAAAUUACCCUCUCAAAGCCACAAGCAAAAACUGAGUUUAAUCAAUACCCUUCGCACAUUUAGGAUUAUUUUCCCCGAUUUCACUGACUGGCUUUUAGCUUAUCGGUAUGCUUAG